AUGUUUGCAGAUUUAGUGAAACACAUUGCAGGUAUUUUAGGUGUGUUAAGAACUAAUUACAGCGAUAAAUCAGUUAGGGAAGGGAUAAGAGAGUGUGAUAAAGCGACACGUAGGAUUCGGAAUUCUUUGCGUGGAGCUUUACCUAUAGGUGAAAAACAACAUCAUGAGGCUUGUUUACGUAAUAUUAAAUCGAUGCGUAAGCAUUUUAAAUUAGAACAAAAGAGGGGCCAGGGUAUAGCAUUGAACAAAGAAACCGCAAAGCAUCGCGUUCAUUGGGAUGACUCCAUUUCAGCUUUUAGUAAUAGAAUACGGACUGGUGUUAUUACUAAUCUCAAACAUAAAGACCCCAGCCGCUUCUUAGUGGACUGUAAGGUAAUCUUCAAACGACAGGUUUUCAACGCCUUGAAAAAAGACGAGGCUGUGAAAGUAAAUGCGAUUUUUUGCGGGGAAUUUGUGAUUACUCAAGGGGAAAAGACUCUCAAUGAGUAUAAGUACUUCACAACAUCAAAUGCGGCAAUAUAUAGGGGUACUGACAUAGAAGAGUGGUUUGAGGAAAAGGUUAGUAAACCCCUAAUGAAGAAGUUAUCGGAGUUUCAGGAAUGUAACAGCGGUUGGGCACUUCGAGCCGUCGUUAAUUUAGGGGUUAAUUUUAACAAAUUUACACCUCAACUUGGGUCUUCAUAUGUUGAGUUACCUCCGCAAAUUCAAACAAAAAAGGCCUGUGUUAACGUCAAGAACGAGGAUCAUGCGUGCUUUGCGUGGGCGGUGGUUUCAGCAUUAUAUCCUGCUGAUAAACAUCCUCAAAGAAUAUCUAAAUACCCUCACUACUCGUCUGUGCUUAAGCUAAAAGGGAUCCAGUUUCCGAUGACCAUGAGACAAAUUUCGAAUUUUGAAAAACAGAACAAUAUCUCCAUUAAUGUGUACAUUUUGAAGAAAGAGAAAAAGGAUCAGUUUAGUACCCUGCCUACAUACCUAACUAAGGAAAAGAUGGAUAAACAUGUGAACCUGCUUUUAGUGCAAGACUGCUAUGAACAACCCACUAAAUUCCAUUAUGUUUGGAUCAAAAAUCUUUCACGGCUAGUAUCUAAAAAGUUAGGCAAAAGGAAUGGACAAAAAUAUGUUUGUGAUAGAUGUUUACACUAUUUUCAUUCUGAAGACAAAUUAAUUAAGCAUACUGGAGAUUGUAUGCAGAAGAAUGAUACCGCAAUCAAGAUGCCUACGGAAGAAAAAAAGACGUUGAAGUUUAAAAAUUUUAAAAAUAAAAUAAAAGCCCCCUUCGUAGUAUAUGCAGAUCUCGAGAGUGUCCUGAAACCUAGCGCGAAAAAGACCGCAUACCAGCAACAUAUUCCGGCAGCUGUGGGAUACUACUUCAAGUGCUCAUAUGACGAAUCUCUUUCAUUCUACAAUAGUUACCGUGGUGAAGAUUGUAUGCGGUGGUUUGCUGACGAGAUGAAUCAACUCGCGGAAGAUGUCUCUACUGUGUUUCUUUGCCCCUAUAAGAUGCAAAUGACUCCACAACAAGAAAUCGAAUUCCAAACAGCAACUCACUGCCACAUUUGCGAACAGCCAUUUACAGCAGGGCAGAAGAAGGUUCGAGAUCACAAUCACCUCAUUCCAGAGAACAACUUCCGCGGAGCUGCAUGUGAAAUUUGUAACGUCAACUAUCAGGACACUCAUACAAUUCCGGUAGUAUUCCACAACUUGAGUGGAUAUGACGCUCACUUUCUUAUAACGGAUAUUGCCACUAGAAUGGGUGGUAAAAUCGACUUGCUUCCUAUAACCAAAGAAAAAUAUAUCUCUUUUACCAAACAUAUCAACGAGUCACGCAUCAACUUUAGAUUUAUAGAUAGCUUCCGGUUUAUGGCAUCAUCCUUAGAUAAAUUAUCAUCAGCUCUAACAGAAUUUCCCAAUCUCAAGUCACAAUUCUUUGCUCUACCUGAAGAUCAAUUUAAUCUUUUAACUAAAAAGGGUAUUAUGCCGUAUGAUUAUUUAGACUCAUUUACCCGUUUCGAUGAGCCUUGCCUCCCUCCUCAAGAUGCGUUUUACAAUAAAUUGGAAGAUAAGCCUUGUCCCCGUAGGAUGUAUCGUAGAGCUCAAGAGGUGUGGAGCAAAUUUAACUGCAACAAUUUAGGUCAAUACGUUGAGUUAUAUAUGAAGACCGAUAUUCUCCUCCUUGCGGAUGUAUUUGAACUAUUUAGAUCAAGCUGUAUUAGUACUUAUGAUUUAGAUCCAGCCCACUACUUUACACUGCCAGGCUUUACUUGGGAUGCCAUGUUGAAACACACGCGGCAAGAGUUAGAACUCCUUACCGACCAAGAUAUGUUUCUUUUUAUUGAGCGAGGUAUUCGAGGAGGUUUGAGUCAAGUCUGCUCUAAGAGAAGAGUCCACGCAAAUAAUAAAUACAUGCCCAAGUAUGAUUCAGCGAAACCUGAUGUAUAUUUGAUGUACAAUGAUAUUAAUAACCAAUAUGGAUGGAGUAUGAGUCAAUAUCUUCCUUAUGGGGGGUUUCAAUGGGUAGAUGCCAACAUCGAUGUUACUAUGAUCCCGGAUGAUGCAAAUGAAGGCUACAUUCUAGAAGUUGAUUUGGAGUAUCCAAAGCAGUUGCAUGACUUACAUCAAGAUUUACCAUUCUGUGCAUUACAUAUCAACCCGAAAACCAUGAAACCACCAUCUAGAGCUAAAGAAACUUCAAAACUCAUGGCAACCCUAAAUCAUAAAGAAAAAUACGUCAUCCACUAUCGCGCCUUGAAACAAGCAUUAGCUCACGGCUUAGUUCUCACUAAAGUACAUAGAGUACUAAAAUUUAAACAGUCCCCUUGGCUAAAGUCCUACAUUGACUUGAAUACGAACCUAAGAAGAAAUGCCAAGAAUGAAUUUGAGAAGAACUUGUUUAAGUUGAUGAACAACGCAGUCUUUGGGAAGACCAUGGAAAAUGUUAGAAAACGACUUGACGUUAAAUUAUUAUCCAAAUGGGAGGGUCGUUAUGGUGCAGAAUCAUAUAUCUCAAAACCAGAAUUUAAAUCUUGCGUUAUAUUUAAUGAGAACUUGGUGGCGGUAGAAAUGAAUAAGCUUGAAGUAUAUUUAAAUAAACCUAUAUACGUAGGUCAAGCCAUUCUUGAUUUAGCUAAGACGACCAUAUACAGCUUUCACUACGACUACAUGAUGGAUAGAUUUGGAGGUAACUGUACUGCCGUUUAUACUGAUACCGAUAGUUUAAUUUAUGAAAUUCGAGAGCAAGACCCGUAUAUGGUUAUUAAAAGCGAUUGUUUUAAAUAUUACGAUACCAGCGAUUUUAACCCUAACAACCCAUAUGACAUACCUCUUGUAAAUAAGAAAGUCUUGGGUAUGAUGAAGGAUGAAAAUAAUGGGAAAGUAAUGACUGAUUAUGUAGGAUUGCGAUCUAAACUGUACACGACCAAAGUAUUAACCACCAAGGAUGAUUUAAUAAAAUUGCGUCAGAAAUUAGAAGCGGAAGAGUAUGAGGAGGAUGAAAUUGCUACGAUUAUUAAAAAUUAUGGUUUGAUAAAAAAGGCAAAGGGGGUAAAGAAAAGUGUAGUCGAGACUAAAAUUUCUUUUGAUGAUUAUGUGGAAUGUCUGGAGACAUUUAAGCGCAAAACAGCAUCUCAAAAUUUGAUUCGGACAGAUAAACAUCAAGUGUAUUCUAUAACACAGUCGAAAAUUGCUCUAAGUCCCGAAGACGAUAAGAGGUAUCUAAUUCCCGGCUCAUUUAACACUCUUCCGUGGGGCCAUUAUGCUAUUGAUAAACCUCAAGAUGUUGCCGAUAACCCGAUGGAUGUUGAUUAA